AUGUCUAAAACCUCAGGAACAAGCAAGCCUGAGCGAUUUCCUCUCUGCCCGAAACUGUCACAAUUAGGCUCCGACCUCAGCAAAGGGUGGGUUUCCAUCCCGUGGCUCCCUAUCCAGCCGCAGUAUGCCACUUCCGCACCAAAGGCCUCCGUCUCGUUCGACUUCUACGGCGACCAAUUCGAGCUCGGAGGAUACCUGACUGCUCUGGGCGGAAACGGCCCCGACUGCGGGUUUAACAUCUCUAUCAAUGGGAAGUUGCAGGAUGUGCCGGACUUGUAUACGCCGUUCAACAACCUCCCCCUUGGCCAACAGCAUGUGGAACUAACGCUAUUCUGCCCCGAAGAGGGGCAGGAAGCUGCUUUCGUGGGGCCUGCCUUCAUCGAGACGCAGGAAACGAAGUACACGAAUCAGGUUUUCUCGUACUGGAACACCUCUCAGAUCCGAACGAUUGGGGAAUGGACCGAAGCUCCUACGUUCCAGGACUUCUUCUACAUGACCCUGCCGCAAUACACCACCACCUCCCUGCACUCCACCCUGGCCUACUCCUUCAAGGGCGUUCACACGGUCGUCUUCGGCGCCGUCGGCCCUACAGGAGGACAGUACCUCGUCACGCUGGACAAUAUCCCGCAGCCUAUGCGCACGUCGUACAACUCCGUCGCGGGGCCGACGACGGUGCUCUUCUUUGCUCAGGAACUGGAUCCUGAGAAGGAACACACGGUGACGAUCACGAACUUUGGGGACAACUUGACGGUGCAGGCGAUCCAGAAUACGGAGGUGUACUGAGCAUCCAGAGAUUAGGGGAUGGAUGGAAUAAAGGACUGAUUAAGUGACAGAGGACUGUCGGAAGUGACGUGGGAUGUACUCGAGUCGCUUACUAGCAGUAGGAAAACAUCUGAUGUGCACCCAC